GAGGCAGCUGACGGCCGGAAGGAAAAUGAGUGAAUCUUUGGUGGUUUGUGAUGUUGCUGAAGAUUUAGUGGAAAAGCUGAGAAAGUUUCGUUUUCGCAAAGAAACAAACAAUGCUGCCAUUAUAAUGAAGAUUGACAAGGAUAAACGCUUGGUGGUACUGGACGAGGAGCUUGAGGGCAUUUCACCUGACGAACUUAAAGAUGAACUACCUGAACGACAACCUCGCUUCAUUGUGUAUAGUUAUAAAUACCAACACGAUGAUGGAAGAGUUUCAUACCCUUUGUGCUUUAUUUUCUCCAGUCCUGUUGGAUGUAAGCCUGAACAACAGAUGAUGUAUGCUGGGAGUAAGAAUAAACUAGUCCAAACAGCUGAACUAACCAAGGUAGUCUUUUAUUUGACUUGCUUUUGUAACAGUGUUUUCCCUUAA